CGUCCCGACAUGUGUCUGUGUACAGUCUGUGCUUUACAGUGGUGGUCCUGUAGAGAGCGGUAGAUAGUUUUAAUAAGUGUGUUACCCAGCCGAGCCGAGCUGAGCCGAGCCGAGCUGCCCGUACUGUACACUACAUAAGCGGAGGGAGGAGAGGGAGGAGCGACCGUGUAGUAUUUCUUUUUUUUUCUGCUUCUUUCCCUCCUGUCGCUGCAGCACAGCCAAAACGCAACAGAAAAAAGGGGGAACAAACUAGUGAUUUUGCUGCAAACAAAGCUCAGCAGGACGGAGGACGGAGGACGGGGAACGUGGAGUGUUGACUGCUACAUUGUAGCAGUGCUCGGCGGAGGAGCAGCUUACUGGGCUUCGGAGUGAGAGUGAAGGGUUGGAACGUUGGAACGUUGGAACGUGGAACGUGGAACCACUCAGCCGCUACAUUGUUGCAGAAACCUGGAAGGAGCCCUGCUGACUUUCUCCCGCUUCAUUUCCUCCUAAUGCCCUAAAUAUCACACCCCAAACUGGUGUCCACGCCGCGUGGGGACGGGGGGUAGCCGUCGAGUUCCCUGAGAGCUAACGUUGGGAUGAAAGCCGGGAUGUAAAGAAAACAACACUGAAGUGAAGACAACUGACCACCGAGGGCGGAGACGAGGCGGACCACACAACGCAGGAGGCCUGGGGAAAUCAUUAACCGCACACAAACACACACAAUAUGACUGAUUGGAUCCCGCUCCACCCUCCGAAUCCCUCAGACUGACAUCCACCUCCAGCCCCGACUCACCCCGGUCUCCGGAGCCCUUCCCACUGACCCCCCCAACAUCUUCCCCCAUAGCUUGCCGUUUCACAUCGAGCCACACCGCACCAACCUCACUUCAAUCCCCCCUGGAGACUCCCUCUCCCCCUCCCCCCCCCCCAACCCAUCCUCCCGAAAAAACACCCAGGGACAGGACCCUGUCAUGUUUCACUGACGGACCCCUCCCGACCAGCGAAUGACAAGUGUGCAUUCGAGGGUGGGGCUUGCCUCAGUCUCUCAUGAUUGGCUGCUGGAUGGAAUUAAGGUGAAUGGAACACGUGCCCAAGGAGCAGGACCCUAACCCAUCAGAGGGAGAAGAGAAACGGUGGCUCAAUGGCCCGAAAAGGAAGAGGAAGAACAGCCAAUGUUCGUUGAAGAGUAUGACUGCACGUUGUCUGAGUGACAGCUCCAAAUCCCCCGAGCUGAAAGAAGCGAGUAAAGAAGGGUACAUCCCCAGCUACCUCGAAAAGGAUGAGCCAUGUGUGGUGUGUGGCGACAAGGCCACAGGUUACCACUACCGCUGCAUUACCUGCGAGGGCUGCAAGGGUUUCUUCCGUCGGACCAUUCAAAAGAACCUCCACCCCAGCUACUCCUGCAAGUACGAUGGGUGCUGCAUCAUCGACAAGAUUACACGCAACCAGUGCCAGCUCUGCCGCUUCAAGAAGUGCAUUGCAGUGGGCAUGGCCAUGGACUUGGUGCUGGAUGAUUCAAAGCGGGUGGCUAAACGGCGUCUGAUCGAAGAGAACAGGGAGCGACGCAAAAAGGAGGAAAUGGUGAAAACCCUCCAGAACCGUCCAGAGCCCACCGACAGCGAGUGGGAGGUGAUCCACCUGGUGACGGAGGCCCACCGACACACCAAUGCUCAGGGCGCACAGUGGAAACAGAAGCGCAAAUUCCUGCCAGAAAAAAUCGGCCAGUCCCCGGUUGCCCCUACGUCAGACGGAGACAAGGUGGACCUGGAGGCCUUCAGCGAGUUCACCAAGAUCAUCACUCCUGCCAUCACCCGUGUCGUCGACUUUGCCAAAAAACUGCCCAUGUUCUCUGAGCUACCUUGUGAAGACCAGAUCAUCCUGUUGAAGGGCUGCUGCAUGGAAAUCAUGUCGCUGCGAGCUGCCAUGCGCUACGACCCCGAGAGCGAGACGCUAACGCUGAGCGGGGAGAUGGCCGUGAAGCGCGAGCAGCUGAAGAACGGCGGGCUGGGCGUGGUGUCGGACGCCAUCUUCGAUCUGGGCAAGAGCCUGGCGCAGUUCAACCUGGACGACACCGAGGUGGCGCUGUUGCAGGCCGUGCUGCUCAUGAGCUCAGAUCGCUCCGGCCUCACCUGCAUGGACAAGAUCGAGAAGUGCCAGGAGACCUACCUGCUGGCGUUCGAGCACUACAUCAACUACCGCAAGCACAACAUUCCUCACUUCUGGCCGAAGCUCUUGAUGAAGGUGACCGACCUGCGGAUGAUCGGGGCGUGCCACGCCAGCCGCUUCCUUCACAUGAAGGUGGAGUGUCCCAACGAACUCUUCCCGCCGCUCUUCCUGGAGGUCUUCGAGGACCAGGAGGUGUGAAACACAGUUUUGCCACCACCCGAAGGGAAGAGGAAGUUUGUUGCAAACUGGGAGAUGGGAAGGGCCAUCAUUUUUAUAGGUGGGGGAAGGAUGGAGGGAGGGUCCUCUCGGCAGGAAUCUGCAUUUCUCCGACAUCGCAUUUACAGUAUGUGGUUUAAAAACUGGAACCAACAAUAACAGAAACAACACACCAGCAAACAGGAGAGUCAAGCAAACAAGAGGAUUUUGUUUUUUUUGAACACCCUCUCCUCCACCUCUUUCUCCUCCUUUUACUUAUCCCUGUUAUGAAAUCCGUGUGGGGGCCCUUCUGUCUGAGCAUGAUGUCUUAUCUAGUAAGAGUUGUAGCCAUUUGCCAAGACACCGACACACACACACACACACACACACACACACACACACACACACACAACACACACAAAGCCACAGCCUGUUCCACCUCAGUUCUUCAGAGCAGCGCUCGUUGCAGGGGUCCGUUCCCCCUCUCUGGUUCUUUUUUUUUUUUUUUGGCGGUCACAGAUUUACACACCUUUUGAAGCCCAUGUUUCCAGCUUCACAUGCUGGCCAGCACCUCUCAGUAUUAUUUCUGAAUAAGUGCCAAGGCAUUCAUUCAGAAAAUAUGGACAUCAGUGACAUAUUAUUGUUGACAUACAGGCACACACACAAUCAGCAAAACACUGCGCAUUGUAAUUUCAGCAGGAUGCUUUAUUAAGCGCCGCUGCUCCGGUGUAAUAAUGGCUGCCGUAAAGCAGAGUACCAGUCUUUUAUCAAUUCCUCACCUCAAUCUGAGCCGUUUAACAGCUGUUUUUUCUUAGAUCCCAGUGAAACCGGUGCUAUAUUUAUACAAGGCUACUCCAGUUUUAUGAAAUUGUGUUGUCUACCUUUGAAAAAAAUGUGCAGAACAUGGCUCCAUAUCUACCUUCAUUUUGUCAUUGGACCGGCUCCUGUGACACACACACACACACACACAUAUGAGCAGACUUGUCUUGUCAUUGCCCGUGCUGCUUGUGCCAGCAGCCUACAGUCUUAUUAAUGACAAUUAAGCCCUUCUCUCUCUGAGGAGUUACGGCAUUGAAAGAAAGAAAGAAAGAAAGAAGGGAGCAGAGCUAGAGAGACGAAAGCAGAUUUAAUAGCUGGACUGUGGAGUCAGAGGCAGGGUCAGAAUAAAUCUCCCACAUUCAGCCUCUAGGGAGGUUUUCAAUAGCAGCAACCACCGGCAAGACAGUAAAGCUCAUCUUACACACACAUACACACACACACACACACUUUCUCUCUCUCUGUAUUUCUCACACAUAAACACACAAACAUGAAAACACACAACAUCACCUCAGAGUAACGUGAAUGCCUCAUUUUACUGUAUGCACUGUGCAGCAGUGUCGAUAUACAGCCCUAACCUGCAGGGUUUGUAUCGAGUCCUCUCCUCACGGACUCAGCUCAGUGUGGCCCCUCCAGGCUUCCAUACACAUUUGCCUUUUUUUACCAUGGGCGUCACUGAGAGCAGGCAAAUGCCAAGAAGGCUACCAUUUACCUCAAAGUGGAUACACCCCCAGGCUGGGGGCAGCAACACUGCCCCUGUGGUGUCAGGCACUACCUCACCUCUGUGGACACGGGGCCGCUGCCCACAGCCUACACGCAGACAUACACCAUUCAAUGUGUAGGUUAGCACGCAACUGUGCAAAAUAUAUAUAUAGGUGCACACUUGUCUUGGAAAGACAACACAUCAUACACAAACACACACACACACACACACACACACACCCUCAGUGCUAUCACUUGGUUGAAAUGAAAUACCAUUGAAGACAGGAGGGCCAGCCAUCCCCCCCGGAAGGUUUUACCGACUCCAGGGAAUGGUACCCAUUACGUUCGGGUUAUCUCUUUUUGUUAUACGGGACCAAGUGUCGUCUUUUUUGAAAUUCGGAUUUACCUGUUUCUGUCAAAACAGAAACCGACUCACAGAAGCGGCGGAGGACAGUGCAGAUGAUGCAGCCCAGCUGACACCCCUUUUUACGCAAGUAGCAAGAGGAGAGAUGACAGCGAGUAGCUGAAAAUCCUCGGUGGCCGCGCCCCGUUGAAUUAGCGUGCAGAGAAAGGGCCGUUUCCCUCUGCAUCAUGGCGAUCUUCCACAGUGCACUCAUGAUGGCUGCCGUUGGAUCUUGAUAAAUAUGUUCAUGGUAAUAAGCUUCAUGCAUGGGCGGUGCAUUAGACGUAAAAAGGUAGAAUGUUCUCAACCGAAAUGAAGCUUCUUCGGAGGCAAAAAGCUCUUUUAGUCUCGUGCACUUUACCGAUGCAUCACCACUAUAACGGUAAUAUCUCACGGCAUAUAUCCAUGGCAGAUAUCAUAGUGUACUAGCCAAACGACCAUUCAAGAAAUUUGAUUAUAAAAGCCCGCUCUGUUCAUUCCAAUUCUGGGGCCAAGCCGAAUCUAACUGGGUUUACCACUCUUACAAGAAGAGAACGAAAGAGAAGAGAGACUAAGAGAAAUCUAUUUUAUACUCAACGCAAAGCAGUAGUUCAUACUGGGCACUUGUACAGGAUGGGUGGUCCGCACCCCUUGAGAAGUACCUAAGCAGAGUACCACGUGGCAGGGAUCAAUGGGUAAUCGUUAAACAGAUGGCCAAGCCUCGCUGCUUCGACGUCUGGAGCAACGCUGGGAGGAGAGAGGAACUGGAACGCCACCUUUGGGCACAACGGUGGCGCCCUGGUCUGAACCCCCCCCCUUCACGAGCAUCAUCACCACUUUCAGAGAUCCAUCACCUGCCCUGCCUUACCCUCUACUCUAGCCCUUUCUGGAGCCUAGCUCAGCCCACCACCACCAUUAUAACAGCCCCCACCCAGCCAGGCUGGUGGGAGUUUUUGCACUACUGCAGCAGUCCUCCUUUCAGCCUCCUUACUCAUCAAAGUUUUGGAUUACCCAUUAGUUCCCCCCAACAAAACUCACCUCAUUUGGGGCGAGUUUUGGUGGGGGGUACUAAUUCGGGGUGAGUUUUGGUGGCUCUGUGUAACAGAGGCUGGCAGUCGCAGUGGGCUCAGUCCCAAACCUGACCCCUUAGUCAGUAUUAGACCAACAGCACAUGACCCUCACUCCGUCACCAACCCAACCAGGGGUGGAGAGAGACCCCUGCGUAGGAGGGCUGUGUAGCACUUAUUAAUUCUCCCCGUCAUUUUUCCCAUCAUCCUUCCUAUAGAGUGACAUUUCAAAUUCAGAGCCCUCCCCCCCUUCCGAUAAUCAUCCUCUCCUCUUCCCCAAGCACCCCCCCCCACUCACCGCCGAGUGGCCCAGAAUCAUUGACACCAAACGGGAUCCAGGCCUCUCCCUUGUGAGACAAGGCUGGCCAUAACUGCCCUUUAGAGUGGCGCCACCGAAUGAAUGUGAUCGGCAAAGCAGCAAGCAGCGACGGGAACGAGAGACUUGUGAGAUUGUGAGAGAAGACAUAAAAAAAAAAGCUGAGGGCGUUGACCCUCACUGCCAUCAUGGACAUGGGCGAGAGAGGGUGAUGUGGCCGGUUGUAGAGACGAUGUUAACAAACACUCGGAGGAAGGGGAGGCGGCGGCGGCAGCGGCGUAGGAAUAUGCCUCCCCUUCGGUUCCCACAACAACAACCGCAUAUGAGCCCCUGCUCCCAUGCCAGCUGACAACCCCCCAAACGUCCCCCCCUCAGCUCCCUCCAAAAGGAUCCAACUUUUCUUUAUGGUGAGGAUCAGGAAGAGAUCCCUCAUUCCAGAGAUGCAGGUUUGGAAAAUCCAACUUUGUAAAAGAACUGAAAAAGAGAGAAAAAAGAAACCUAUCGAUGUCCUUUGUUCUCGUGAGCUGACUGGGUAUGUGUGUGUGACAGUAGGGGUUAUAAUGCUGCUUUACCUUCUGAGUCUGAUUUAGAUUAAGAAAAAAAAAAGAUAUAUGAAAUGAUUAUAAAUCCACAAAACAAAAUGAAAAGAGAUGACUUUAAAAAAAAAAAGACUCCUGAACAAAAUUAUUGGAGAUUUUUUUUUUUCAUUUUAUCAUUGUUUUCUUAUUUUUCUGUUUGUUUUUUGACGCUUAAACUGCUCUGUGUAAAAAAAGGAAAAAAAACAGCUGUAGUCACUUUUUGACCAUGCGUGCAGUGUAACAUAGAAAAUAUUUCACUUCUUUUUCACAUCUAUACUUUGUGUUGAUAAGCCAACUGAUCUGUUUGUCUGUGUGUCUGUCCAGUUGUCCGUCCCCUUUUAUCAGGAGGAAUUUACAACCAACAAAAACAGGAAUUUCUUUUUUUUUUACAUUUUGUUUCUUUCUUUUUUUAAUGAAAUACAACUUUGGAGAAAAAAAAAACACAAACAGGAAAAAUAAUGCAACAGAAACUGAAAAUAAAAAAAAAAAAAAAAAAAAAAAAAAAAACUGAAACAAUCUUGUCAUACCUCACACAACACAAUACUCAAAGGAACUUGGGAGGAGUCAUAUUUUGCAGGCACAUGUGAAAGUUCAGAGAUGCAUAUAUAGAUUUAAAAAAAAAAAUGUAUAUGUUAAGAUAAUAUGUGCUUGUGUGUACGCAUCAGUAGAAGUUACAAAAGGACUCUUCCCUCAAGCUUUUGUGCUCUAUCUUAUUUGGUUGUGAGACGUUAGAGAUCAUCUGCUAAUGUGAACACUUCUCCAACUUCAAGGCACAGUCUAUAGACAGUAAACUUAAAAUGUGAAUGGCCCAGAGACUGAGGGAUUAUGACUUUUGUAAUGGCUGAGAGUUUUAUGGUAUUGAAUGUAGCUGACAGGAGGGGGCUGGACCUGAGCCCGGCACCCACAACCCAACUUCCACACACCAGCAGAAAAGAUAGUGGUGUCACAUAGACGUUACAAACAAAACAACAAAAACUGAGAAUAUAUAUUGCCCGUCUGCAAGGUGCAAUGUACUAUGUUGUGUAUUUUUGUAUGUUUUCUGUUUUGAUUUUGAUUUUCGUUUCAUUUUUAUUUUGGCCAUAACCAAGGAUGUAAAUACAAAAACAUACAACACUCGAGAUUUAUUGCAACAAAGUCAAUUUAACCUCUCAAUCCCCGCUCCCAUGUACGAGGGGGGAAAAGUAAUGUGUAAAUGCUUCAUACGUUUGUAUGUGUGCACUCUCUCACAUGUGCAUGCUGAUCCAUAUUCAGAAGUGCCCCGUGACAUUAAUCAUGAACCCUGUGCCUCCUGUUGUUUGCAAAGAGAUAGAUUCGUACCCCUCAUAUUCUCACGACAUGACACGCUACACAUGAAUGCCUAUAGUUAUGUGUGUGUGAGUGUGAGUGUGUGUUCACCUUAUGGAAUCAGAUUCAAUUCUUCUAAACUGUUGAUGUGAGUGCUGCCAGCAGCCACGGAGGCGAAAGCUCAGGAGGUCUGGGAGGUGGGAGAGCAGGUUAUUAUGUGGCGUGAAUGUCAGCUGACGUGGCUGCAACGCACGCACAUCAACGUUGGAAAAGGCCAAAAAUGGAUUUCCCCCAUUUGUCCACCGCCCCAUUGCCUCCCAGAAGCCAGCCUACAAAUCUUGCAAGCUCAGUUUUUUUUAAAUAAGACAGUCAUAAACCUGGACCAGUUCACAACAGGAAGUGGUAGAGGCCCCAUUUACACGUGUCAUUUCAAGUGUCUUGUAUGCAGAUCCAGAUUUAAGACACUAAGCCCCAUAUAUACGUCUCCGUUGGACAGAUGCAAAUCAGUGAUGUAGUUACACUGGAGUAAAAACUAUGGAUGCAUUUACACCCCAUAUAAAGAGAAUAGGAGUAGAACGGACAUUACUAUUCAAAUCAACGUAGUAGAAUGGUCAGAGUGGUCAUCGACUGGUUUGGAGUGAUUCUAUCCGGCUACAGCGCAGUUUGGUCAGAAGCCAUUUUUAUGUGUACCGUUCCUUUCGCAACCGUUGUAGGAGACUAACUUCCAUAUAAACUAAACCGACUUACGGCCGUGUUUCCAUUAACUUGUCAAACGAACUUUUGAAAUGUCACAAUAAAAGAAAUGUUAAUUAGGCACGUUUCCAUCAACUAACGACUAACAACAAUCAAAUGACCACAGCAAACAGUUCAAUGUUCGUUCUUCUCCUGUUCUCUUUCUGUGAUUUACACUUUUUCAGCACUUGGCUAGAAAGCAUCUGAAAGCACCUCCCGGGUUGGCUGAGCAAUCAGAUUUCAGUCCAUCUAAAAUGCCUCUCAGAGAUCCAACAGCUAUCCGAUCCGCCCAAGACACAUGAAGUGAAGUGUAAAUGGAGUCCUAAAUGAUGAUGGCAGUUUGAACCGAGCACCACAUUUGGUUUUCAGCUCUGACUGGGAAAAGCUGAAAGUAAUUUGGGUCUAUGAUGAUGCCCUUAUGUUGGACCACAACAAGCAAAGUGAGGGUUUAGAGGCUGGCUCUGCGGGGGCCUCCAGGCCCAUCCCUCCAUAGAUAUUAUGAUCCUGGUUUAUUCUCACAUGUUGACACAUUGGACAAGGGUGGAGAUUGUCUGUGAUGUUUUUUGGUUUCAUGGUUGUGUUUGGUCCCCCCCCUAUGCCAAAUGUAGAGUUUGUGAAGACAUGCAAGUAGCAAGAUGUCUAUGCAAUUUCCCUCCUGCUCCCUCCGAAAGACAAGCUCGAUGCAACAACAGCGAGCCCGUCUUGCUUAUGAAAUCAGAUUCGGCCUGGCUUGAAUUCCAGAGGUUCUUGACGUGACCUAAAGACCCGUGCUACUUUGUGUGGGCGAGGGUCAGGACUGCCUGGGGGAGCUGGCCUUUAGCCCAGCCGACUGGCUGGUCCUCAAGGUAACUCUCCGCGGUAGUCCGGGUCUCGGAGAACAAGUAGGAGGGGUACUGGGGAUGUUGUGGAGAAUAUGGAUUCUACGAGAUGUGCUGUUUUUUUUGUAAACUGCUCAGAAAGUGGUGUGUGUGCAUGUAUAUGUGUGUCGUUUGGAAGUAUGGGGAUGUCUACUUGGUGCGAUGCUCUCAUUGUUUGGUGGGUCGAUCGUUAAAGGCCUCAAAUUCCAAGAUUUAGCCCCUAAAUUCAACCCUUCUGCAAUAUGUGUGUGAAGCUUUAAGUUUUCUACCCUGCGAACGUCUAGGAAUACUCUGGGUGGUCGAUGUCCAUCAGUGGGAUGUACAGUACGUAGCAUAAACAAGUUUACCUAACCCAUUACCUCUGCUUUUGAGACGUGAGGAAAGGAUUUGAUUUAGAAAAUAAUCUACUUCACCCCCCUGAGAUGAACAUCCACAACCUCCUGACCCUCAGUCCAACUUGAGCACUUAACUAAAAUGCACUUUGAACGGCCCAAACUAACCCACGCUAAGUGGAAGAAUCUUUGGUGAUAAGAAUUGUGGCAAAAAUAAAUAAUGUAAAUUGCACCCAAUCCAAAUGCCUUUUGCACCAUUUAAUGUUGUUUCUUUAAAUUAGAAAAUAGCCUUUAGGCAAAGACACUUAAUGACUAAAAGUUUACGAUUAUUUUUUUUAAUGAAGUGCAAUAAGUGAGUGAACCUUUUGGCGUACUUCUCGUCUCUUAGCAGAUCUUUUUUUAUACAUUUGUGGGAGAAUAAUAAUCUCGUGAUUCGCUUUUAAAAUGCGCCCACCCGUGAGAGCAUCAGCUUAGACCCACUCCACACACACACACACACACACACACACACACACACACAUAUGCACACACACAAACACAGACCACUUUUUGUGACUGGGUAAAGGAAGCUAUUGAAGGAUUCUCUCAGGUAAAAGAACAUUUUCUAAUAAAUGAUGAUGAACCUUA